UAAAUACCAAUCAAGUGAAAAGAAUAUCCGUCAUUCGAAUUCCCAACAAAACCCACAGUGCACGAUGGCUAUCGAUUGAACAUCGUUUAAUGACACUUCAUGCAACAGAUUAGUUAUUUUUUUAAUUCACGAGCAUGAUACUGGACUAGCAACACUACGAAGGCAUAUUUUUGUACAAUAUUUGUUUAUCAAAAUACAUAAAUUAUGUUAAGCAAUGAGAAACGCGUUAUACAAUUAAAGCAAUUUAUCGUACUUUUUUGUGCAUAAUGUAAGAAAAUAAGUUAGAAAAGUUAUUGAUGAAUUUUCUGUGAGUUACACUAUUUCCCUGUCUAUUUUGUAUUUUUUAUAACAAUAAAGUUUUCCUUAAUAUAAAGUCCUCCAUGCGACUUUCAGCGUGCAGGCAUUUCGAAACGUCAUGAUUCACACCGUUCAAAUUCUGUCAUUUCUCUUGUCACACAACACACACACACACACACAAACAUUGCCACACGCACACAAGCAAGGGAAUAAAGCACCCAAAAAGAAACCAGCAGCCCGCAUCCCGGAUGAUAAUGUUGUUGGAUCAAUUUCAUAUCUUCUGUUGGUAAUACAUUGAGACGAAAGUAAACUGCACUAUCAUCAUCAGCAACUACCCAGAGUCAUACUUGCCGCCAGCGUUAUCAUCUACCCUCGCUACUCGCCAGAAAAAUACAAAAAAUACGGCCACAUAGCUUCCGAGAUUUACUGCACAACCAUCAUCUAGCAGAGGAACACCGUACUGUGUAACUAUGGCGAAUAUGGCAGUAUCCCGCAUCAAAAGAGAGUUUAAGGAGGUUCUUAAAAGUGAAGAGAUCACACAAUGCUCUAUUAAGUUGGAAAUGGUAAAUGACAACUUUACGGAACUGAGGGGUGAGAUUGCUGGACCACCCGACACGCCAUACGAAGGAGGAAAGUUUGUGUUAGAAAUAAAGGUCCCAGAAACGUACCCUUUCAAUCCUCCCAAGGUGAAAUUUGUGACAAAAAUAUGGCAUCCUAACAUCUCGUCUGUGACUGGUGCGAUUUGUCUCGACAUACUAAAAGACAAUUGGGCUGCUGCGAUGACCCUGCGGACGGUAUUGCUAUCAUUGCAAGCACUGCUGGCAGCUGCUGAGCCGGACGAUCCACAGGAUGCGGUCGUUGCUACGCAGUACAAAGACAACCACGAAAUGUUCAUCCUGACGGCAAAGCAUUGGACCAACGUGUAUGCAGGUGGUCCGUUUGCAAAUGCCGAUUUUGAUCAGAAGGUUCAACGAUUGCGUGAUAUGGGUAUCCCGGCGUACGAUGCCCGAGCCGCCCUUUCACGCCAUAACUGGCAUCUGGAACGUGCGUCUGAACAGCUAUUCAGUUAGUCUCUUUGUGGGUAAUGUUCGACCGCCUCCCGCCCCCAUACUCGAUGUUUUUAUUUGUGUUUUCCUUUGCAAAUGACGUGUUUUUUUCUCGUAGCCAGGGUAUUCCUUUUUAAAUACAGAAAAGUGCGUUUUCGUGAAGUUUUAAAUUAAACCGUUCUCUUAAUGAUCCAAAGUACCGUUGGAAACGUUAGCAACUGAUACAAAUGUUACAUGUUUUGUGAUAUCAUCAAUCAGUAACCUUCGGUAAGUUUUUGUUUUCUGUUGGAAUACACAAAUACAGAACCACCGUCAUUUCGCAA